GUAGAAUCUUAACAUUUGACUAGAAGUGAAGCAGAGACACUCUUAUUUGUAGAUAUUUGUCUGCAGUUUGAAAUGCCACCAAGGGUGAGUCCGGCAAAUGAUGCCAUCCAUCAUGUUCUCUCAAAGAUGGAUAAAACUUUAAAACUGGAGGUGAAAUACAUAAAUGCAGAGAAAGGUAAGACAUUGUGAGAUGUGGUAUUUUGCGUUUUAAUAUCUCCAAGUAAUUGAGAAUUCUAAGCAUUGAUGCCUCAAGAGAAGACGAUUCAUUGGGGCGACUAGUUAAUGAUCAACACAAAGGCCCAAACUGCAGGAUGAAAAAGAUCGAUGUAGGAAGCCGAACUUGUGUCUUUUCGCCAUCAAAGACAUAAAUGAGGGGGAGGAAAUGACCUAUGACUACGGAAAGGAUGACUGGCCCUGGAGAAUUCAAGUACGUGCAACUUCUGCACAAUUUUCGUAUGUUUUGGAAUAACUUCCUUAGUGAAUCCCUAACACUCAUUUCACAUUAUGCUGAAAGAUGGCUAAUGAUAAUGGGAUGUUCUGGACACAAUUUUACCUUUUUGUAGAGAUUUUACAUUUGAUAAAAUAUCCCUCUAUUCAGGGGCAUUUACGACGUCCCCACAACACACUUUCCCCUCAGUGUGAGCUUGUAGAUUGUGUGAAGUCUUGACUUGCUCUAAUCCAAACAAGCGGUCCCCACAAGUGGUGACUCGAGUGUGUGUUUGACAUGUCCCCACAAAGCUGGUUCCUUAAGUUAGUGUGAAAUCAGUGAGUGGUUAAUGAAGCAGGAAGAAUCACUGCAGUUGAUAUUAAUAUUUCUUCUCUCACGUUUGGUUUCUCUUACCAUGUUUCCAAAUUCAUAAGUUUAUCUUUAGUGAAUCCCUUAGACUAACUACUUAUUACACAGUGCUACCUAAAAUUAUCAAUUUUGGUUCAUAGAUUGAAAAGAUUUCCAUAUGAUAUAUUUGCAGGCAAGCACACAUGCUGGACAUGACCCUUUUGUGGAUGGUGCCCAUGCUGACGUCCCUUCAGGACCACAGGUGGAUGAUGACACCCAUGACAUCACGUCUAAUGAACAGAUUGUGACAGACGUCGGAAAUGAAGAUGGGACUUUUGUCCCAAAACUUGAAACAAAAAGUAUCAUAAUUUCGAAGACAGAUUUCGAAGACCCUGAUGAAUUAUAAGAUUCUACAUCAGAUAGUGGAGAUGAUUAUGUGCCAGAUUCCACCUCUAAAAAGUGAUGACAGUGAUUUCAACCUCACAUCAGUCAUUGGGACAAAACUGUGGCCCCUGACUGAAUUAUGUCAUGACUCUGAAUCGAUGUGUCCUCCAGUGUGUGACACCACGACACCACACCUUGAAAGCUUGAGAUACAACAGCAGUACAUCUGACAUCAGUGUGAGUGAAGAACCCUGUUCAAGUCAGGAUGCAAUUGACACCAUAGUUGUGCAAGCUUCCCAAAAGUGAAAUGGCAACAGAAUGUACAACAAUACACAGUAUUGCUUGUAUUGCAAGAAGGCCUAUGCAAAGAUGGCAAGACAUCUAGAACAUGCACAUCAUAAUAAACUGGAUGUGGCUAAAGCUCUUAGUUUACCAAAAGGUUCCUUGGAGAGAAAGAAACAGUUAGAGUAUAUUCGCAACAGAGGCAACUAUGCUAACGCUGCUGUUAUAGAGUCAGGGAAAGGGGAGUUGGUUCCAUUUAAAUGCCCAACUAAAGAUGCACAGGGGAAGGAUUUCAUGCACUGUGCAUACUGCCAAGCACCUUUUACACAAAGUCCUGUGGUGACACAUGCGAAGUUGCGAACUUCAGCCUGCAUCCAUACCUGUCAAACCAGGAAAGAAUCGUGUUCAGUCCAUGUGCACAUUCAUGCAACCUGUGCCUUCGCACGUUGGUAAACGGAUGUGGUGAGUUAUCAGUGCCAUGAUUCCUGAUCCGAUCACCGAUGUUGUGAAAAAUGAUAAUGUCAUCAUCCAUGUUGGACAGCACCUAUUGAACAAGGGUGGGAUGUCGGCCAAGAAUCAACAGUGUGUGUGUGAAAAGAUGCGACAAAUGGGAAGACUGAUUCUUAAUGCCAGAAGAGUUACCUCCUUAAAAACAAUGGAGGAUUUCAUAAUUCUAAAGAAUUACUUGCAGGUGAUCAAAGCUGGCAAGGUGACUUGUGGCUAUGACAGUGAUUCUAAUAAAUUUGCGAUUCCAUCACUUGCCAAUGAUUUUGGCCAUACAUGCCGUUGACGGAAGAUGUUCAGAAACUGCAUAAGUUUCUCAGUCAAAAGCAAGAUAAGUGCAUCAGUGAACUCUCUGACAGUCCUUCCACAAAGACUUGGAUAGGCAAAGGUGUGCUUAGCACAGAUCAUCCUCUUUAACCGUCGCAGGGAAGGAGAGGUGGCAAGCAUGCCCUUGUCUGCAUUUUUGUCAAGGGACAAGUCCGAUCCUCACCAGGAUUUGGACUGGGCACUCUGAAGUAGAGAAAAGACUCUGCAGACAUUUCACAAGGAUUGUGAUCUGGGGAAAAGAGGCAGACCGGUUCCAAUUUUCGUGACUCAGAAAAUGCUGAAUGCACUGGAACUCCUGGUUUUAGAGGGAAAGGCUUGUGGGUUUCUCGAAGAGAAUGGCUACAUGUUUGCAAGACCAGCAGCUAAAGCGCAUUUCCGUGGUUCGGAUUGCCUCCGUGCUUUUUCAGGAGCAUGUGGUGCAACCUUGUCCCAAGGCACUGACUUCCACCAGGCUACGGAAACAUGCUGCAACACUCUCAACAGUCCUCAACAUGACAGACACAGAGAUGGACCAGUUGGCCAACUUUCAUGGGCAUGACUCUGAAGUCCAUCGUGAGUUCUAUCGACUACCUGAGAAAGCACUGCAGCUUGCCAAGGUCAGCAAACUUCUAAUGACCCUCGAGCAAGGAAGCCUGGCUGAGUUCCAUUGCAAAAACCUGGAUGAAAUCACCAUAGGUCCAGAUGGUAUGUUGUCGUUUCUUUUGUCCACCAUGAUUCUAUUUUAGUUUGCUCUUCUUUUUGUAUGUCUCCCACAGACACAGUUCUUUGUCAUGAUGAGACAGAUGAGACGGAUGAGACCAGAGAAGGACACUAUUCAUCUCACGAGUGUUUGGCAGAAGAGACUCUUCCACCUACAGAGGAAAAUGACAUCCCACCACUACACAAGAGACACAAACUAUCAUCAGCAGAGGAUGACAGAGUUGGAGCUGUGACACCUGUUGAAGUGCUGAAGGCCGACAGUGGUGGUGGUUCUCCUGGGUGGUGGUGGUCCCCUGUGUGCUUUGUGAUCCUUUUUCAAGAUUUUUGUUUACAUGUCACUUUUUGCUGUGUGUGUGGGGUGUCCUCCUUUUUCUUUUGGAUGUCACUUCCCCUACCAAACCCCUCCUCCAGCCAGGAAGCCUCAGACUAUAUCCCCCUUUUUAGUUGGGCUCCCUUCUUCUUUCUGUUACAAUGUCAACCUUGUGCACACUUUUAAUAAUAAGUGUUAUUCAUGAUCAUUGAACUUCGUCUCCUUCCCGCCCUGAGUAAAUAAACCUGAGUGUUCUUUCGUUUUGAAGGUAAUAAUUGACCUUUAGUGUCGCAACAAUGACGAAUGACGUUAAACUCGAAACUGGAAUUAGAGAUUUCUAUUAUGAUAUGAAUGGCAAAUAUAGUUUGAAUCUUACUAGUAAAAACUGAAUUACAGAUAUAAAACUGUAGUUUUGACUAGUAAGAAUGGCAUUGGGGAUAUUGGUAGCCAUUAUCAUCAUGCCCACUGAAUUUAAUAUUACAUUUGGAGUUUUGGAGAAUUUAUAUCAGUUUACCCAUGAUUUACUCAAGGGCAGCCCAUGGCCAAGAGGAAAGGAAUUGGGCUCGUAACUGAAGUUCGCUCGCCAGGGGAUGGGGUGCCUUGCUCAGGGGCACCCCAUCCCCCCAAAAAAAUGACUCAUUCUAAUUCUUAAGAGGAGGAAGUGACAGACAGAAGUUCAGCAGCAGAUAUCAGUCCUGUAACCUCGCUGUUGACAUGUGUAGGAUGUGCCCGUGUGCCUGUGCAAAAAUAUGUGCCUGCACUGAUAGGGAUAUAACUGACAUUUCUGCGUGCAUGGUGAACACGCCUAUAGCCAAUAAAACACAGCGGUAUUGACUUUUAGACCAGGUUUUUGUUAGUUAAUGGUUUGGAUGUUUUUAUGCUCAAUCAAACAUCUAUUAUAUGCAUUAUCAGAAACACACAGAGCUUUCAUCUCUAGCAAUGAAAGUGCUGAUUAGAUAGUUAAUGAGUAAUUACAACUCAAGGUCGAGAUAUCUGCAACUACAUUCUGAGAUGUAAUUCAAGAUACCUAAAAAGGGCAACAUAGACAUCUUCAGUUGAGGAUAAUUAGAGAUAACUUGAACUUGAAUUAUGACUAAUGACGUUAAACUGGAAACUGGAAUUAGAGAUAUCUAUAAUGACACAUUGCAUGACCUCAAUUAAAGCGCGUUCUCAUGUUCCUAGCCCCUCCCCUCAGUGCCAAUGUUUUAGUGUCAAUGCAACUUUUUCUACAAUGUCAAAACUUAAUGUCAGUGCUCUGGUUUCAUACACGUUGACUCUAAAAAGAUGAAAGAAACAUCCUCGUCGGUCAGUCUCAGAACAACGACUUGACAACUUCCGCUGUCACAGUCAAGGGAGGGAAGGAGGGAGAGCACGACUGAAAGAAAAAAACCUAAAGCACAAAAAAAAACUUAAAGUGAAUAUGAAGAGAGGAUAGCGUCAGGUCAAUGUUGAUCCUCUGUAUUUUAGUUCAGUCUUUUGGUCUUUUGGAGAAAAAUUAUAGACCAAAAGAGCAUAGGCUUAUUACGCCUACCUUUUAUAAUCCAAAACAAUAACUAAACGAUGUGAGAUACCUUGGCACGACAGGUGUCAUCUUGAUAUCAUUUAUCCUAGUCAAAACUCCAAUUCUAGAUAUCUCUCUGACUAUAUAUUAUAUUAACUACGUAGAAUUACUCUUUGAGAUAUCUACAACUACAUUCUGAAAUGUAAUUCAAGAUACAUCAAAAGGAAAUCUUCAUUUGAGGAUAAUUUAAGGAUAUCUUGAACUUGAAUUAUGACUAAUGACGUUAAACUGGAAUUAGAGAUUUCUAUGAUGACAUGAAUGAAUUACAGAUAUAUACUAACUGUAGUUUUGACUAGUAAGAAUGAACUUUGGAGCUUUUGGUUGCCAGCACAAACAGACACCGCCCAGCAUCAUCAUCAUCAUCAUCACACCAGCUCUGAGACAUGCCCACUGAAUUCAAUACUACUCUCUAUAGCUUCAGAGAAACACAAGAAGACGGAGCUGCUGCUUUCAAAGAGAUUCAAGGAUGAAGAGAAUCCGAUGUAGAACUUUCUGGCUGGCAGUCUGUCUUGGUGUGUUGGUCCUCAGUCUCUGUAGGAAUUAUAGUGACCAAAUAAAAAACCUUCACAAAUGGGAAAACAUAAACAAACGCAUUUAUGAUGAUGAGAGACAAGAGCAGGACAGUCAAAUUAAACAAGAACCCCCAAGCCAUUAUGUCUUCCCCUGGCCAAAAUGUCAAGAAAAUACAUCUGCUGCGAACGUCACAGAUUUCAGCUCUCUUCCUAGUCGUAUGAAAGACUUUCUGUACUAUCGACACUGUCGGCAUUUCCCCAUGCUACAGGACGUUCCAGACAAAUGUGGAGGAGCAAAUAAAUCUGCAGAUGUCUUCCUCCUCCUUGUCAUUAAGAGCUCCCCCGGAAACUACGAACGCAGAGAGGUACUGCGCAAAACCUGGGCUAAAGAGAGGCUACACAAUGGUAAGAAGAUUCACAGGGUCUUCAUCUCAGGAACAACUGAUACUGGUUUUGAAAAACUGAGACAGAACAAACUACUUGAAAUGGAGCAUCGUGAGUACAAUGACAUUCUCCAAUGGGACUUUGUGGACACAUUCCUCAACCUCACACUGAAGCAGAUACUCUUCCUCGAAUGGAUGGAGAGGAACUGUCCAAAUGCUCGCUUCUUGCUGAACGGUGAUGAUGAUGUUUUUGCCAACACAGACAACAUGGUGGAGUAUCUCCAAAGCUUUAAGGACAAUGAUGGAAGCAAACACCUAUUUGCCGGCACUUUAAUGAGUGGCGACCCCAUCAGAAACCCAAAUAGCAAAUAUUAUGUUCCUGUACAAGUUAAGAUAAAUUCAUACCUCCCUUAUUGUGGUGGUGGGGGCUUCCUCCUGUCUGGCUAUACAGCUAUGGUCAUAUACAACAUGUCUCAGUCCAUUCCUAUUUUUCCCAUUGAUGAUGCUUACAUGGGGAUGUGCCUGGCCAAAGCAGGACUUAAGCCUUCUAACCAUAUAGGUGUGAAGACACUUGGAGUAAAUAUUCCCUCAACUAAACUGGAUCAAUAUGACCCUUGCUAUUAUAAAGACAUGUUAUUGGUGCACAGAUUCCUUCCACAAACCACAUUUCUUAUGUGGCAAAGAAUACAUGACUCCAAACUGAAAUGUUAAUAUUUCAGUGUUUAGUAGCAUGAGGUUGUAGUGGUGGCAGUAUGCUGCACACAGUUCAUCAACUCUAGGGUUGGUAUCAGGUCAGAGGUCUUUCAUUAUGCAAGCUAAGUUAUCUUAGCAUUAUAAAAUUAUCGUCUUAAUUCAAUUCACACUUCGUUGACAAUGACACCUGAUCCUGAUUCAGUUUUCAUCAUGUUUUUUUAUUUCAAUGGGAUAUCAAGAUGUUGCAAAUUUGCAUCGUGCACUUGCUCUUGGGAUGUGUGUAAUGGUCUAACGUCAUGUAGUACUUUCAUUUUGUUAUGGUUGGCACAACAUUCAUGUAAUUGCUUCCAUAAUAACUUCUUGUUUAUCCAUAUCUUUAGGAAGUCAGUAAAUAUAACUAACUAAUCACAACACUUCCAAUAGAUAUUGUUCUUAUUUAACAAUAAAAAUAAAAACUCAAGACACUAGAAACACUGGACUCUUGCGAGAUCAGGUGAACGUCAUGUAGAGCAACCUGGGAAAGUAUUAUUCUGGGCCGUAAUAAUUAAUUGAGCACAUAACGGCCGACUUCAAGCACUGCUGUGUGUCCAUCCGUACUGUGUAUCGAUAUCAAACCACUCUAUACCAGUGUUUGGACUGACUGAAUAACUGAUGAUCUAUUUCACCACACUGUACCCGUAGAAGCAACUUAAAAACACCCAGUUUCAAAAUUUGCUUGUGAAAAAAUAAUAAAAUAAAAAAGAGUCCAUGGAUUUAGUUGAAAUUAACCUGCACUGGUUAAGUGACUGGUCAGCAGACUUUAAUUCCACAGCUCCACAAUCACUGCUACACUGACUCUGCUGCCAAAAGAUGUAAUGAGCAUGAGUUCUGGUGCCAUUUUGUACAAUGACCGCGGAGAUAAGGCUUGCGAACUCAGUGUCAUCUUUUAAAUCUCUUCUUAAAACUAAUUUUUAUAGACUUGCUUUCAUGUGAUGCCAUCUUUUUAUCUCUUUUUAUCUAGAGUGUUAACUGGUGUUUAUCCUGUCAGCUCAUUGCUUUCUUCCUUUCUGUGUAUUUUUAUUAUGUAUGUGAAAACAAAACAUGGCACUGGUCUGAGUGCAACCAGUGAGCCAGUCCUUCUUCUCAUACCAGCUCCUGUCUUUCGUUUGCUGUUUUAUGGCGAUGUUCAGCUGGUCAGGUCCAAGUUAUAUAAGACGAAGCUUUUCUUCUAUGAAAUGGCUUUUUUUUGCAGUGAGAGGAAGUUGUUUGUACUUUUUUUGAGAGGGUCUGGCUGCAGACCUGCACUGUCAGGACCAUUCGUUGCAGACCUGCACUGUGAGGACCGGAAGUUGAUUCGAAGCCUUUCAAAAGCACGUAUUUUUCGUUCCCCAUGUUUAUUACUUGGGUCUUUAUUUUAUGUAUACAAUGUAAAUAUGUUUAUGUGUAUCCAUGACUGCAAAACUGUAUCCAAACCUGUAUCUCUUUCUAGUUCAACUGGAUUAGGGAUUUUCUUUUUUUUAUAUAAAAAAAAGAAAAUACAAAACGUUAUGACCACUUCUAGGGUUAUUCUACAGAUAAUCAGUGCAAACUAGAUGUACAGCUAUUGAUAUGAUUCCCUUAAAACAUUAUUAGCCUACUCAAAACAUGCAUUAUUUUACUCCAGUAUUUUAAUUUAAUUUAAUUCGUAAAAAGGACAGCUGUUAGUUUAGUCUGCACUACAAAUUCAUUUUGAAACAAUAAAUCUCUGUACACCUUAAUGUGUUAUGGCAUAAUGCAUCUACACUCCAACCUAUUGUGACUGUUCUUUGCUUCUAUACCAUUAUUUAUCAUUGAAAAUCGCUGUUGGACCCAUUUACAUAUUGAUUUACU